CGACUAAUGAUUCCUCCAUCCAGCCCCACUCCCUUCCUCUUACCAUCUUUUUAUCUUUGAAAUAAAUACCUUUCCCAUUCUCUGUUUACGUUAUUCCUUGGUUAUCCCUGGCCAACGAAUCGCAUCUCCUUUCCUGUGACAGAGCAGAGCCGACUCCGUGGGCCUCUCCAACCAUCGUUGCAUAAACCUCGCUGUCCUCCUGAUCCCGUUCAACAGAAAAUUUAACACUACUCCUUAGGUGCAUUUAUGGGUGAACAAGAUUUGGUUGCCGAUAAAGAUAGGUUGAUAUUGAGGGGUUUGCAGUUUCAUGGAUUUCACGGGGCAAAACCAGAGGAAAAGAAGCUAGGACAGAAGUUUGUGGUGGAUGUUGAUGCCUGGUUGGAUUUAAGUGAAGCUGGUAAGAGCGACAAUUUGUCUGAUACAGUCAGCUACACUGAAAUUUACAGGAUUGUCAGGGAUGUUGUGGAAGGUCCAUCUCAGAAUCUUUUGGAAUCAGUAGCUCAUCUAAUUGCAAAUACCACGUUGCUAAAAUUUCUUCAGAUAUCUGCUGUACGAGUCAAGGUCAAGAAACCUCAUGUUGCUGUCCAUGGCAUUAUUGAUUAUUUAGGUGUAGAGAUACUCAGAUACCAAAAGAAUGACAAAACUAAGCCAAUAUGAGUUGUUGUAUGGCACAUAACUUAUGUUCGAACUGAUGUACUGAUAUUUAAUAUUUAUGUACUUGUCUGAGCGGCCUCUUGGUUUAAGAAUCUUGCUCAUGUAAACAAGAUUUUCAAGCGGUGGAAAGCUCAUGACAUUUUGGGGUAA